AUGGCCGCUAGAGAACUCCCCUGGGAGGCCUCGCUAGCUUGGGUUCCCAACUACGCCUCCGUUGAAGAGCACGCGGACUUCGCUAGAGCCAAGUUCGAGGAGGAUGUGAGCGAGGGGCUCAUGGCUAAGAUGUCCAUGGGAGAGUUCCUGGAACGCUACGGGGAGCACACCGCUAUAGCCGCGCUAGCCGUCAUCGUGGAAGAUGAGGAGCUAGACAAGAAGAGGAUCAUCCACGACGCUACCCACGGGGUGCGCGUUAACCAUCGGAUCAAAUGCCGGGACAAGCUACGAUCACCUGGCGCUAGAGAAAAGAAGCAUUUGCUAAGGGAGCACGAGGAGGAAGGCGAGACUGCUUUCUCCGUUGUGGGCGACAUUGCUAAGGCCCACCGCCGCUACAAGCACGCCGCUAAGGAACAUGGCUAUCUGGCUUGCCAGGUCGAUACCAAGGAGCAGGUCCCUGGUGACCCCGCUAGCCAAACGGUCUACGUGAACCUGGUGGGAACCUUUGGCCUUUCCCGCGCUAGCUAUUGGUGGACCCGCAUCGCGGCAUGUGGGCUCAGGCCAACCUACCACCUCCUGGGCCCAGACUUUCCGCUAGACCUCCUCCUCUACGCUGACGACCUGGAAGCUAUGGGAAACGGCCCUCGUGGACGGCGAGGAACCUUCAGUGGCGACAACUCCUGCAACAGGAAGCUCGAUGUGGCCAUGGAGAAUGGCGGCAGUAUCGGGAAGAAGAAAGGGCUAAGCUUAUCAAGCUUCGAAAAGAGGAAGCGUAAGCUUGAUGAACUGGAGCAGAAGAAGAAAGCUCUGGAAGAAGAGAGCGCCAAGAAGCAGAAGAAAGCAGUUGAACUCGUCGAAAGCUUCGUGCAGAAUGUUCCUGGACAAACGAAGAAGGCGGACUUUAUUGAAUGCCCUCAACGGACCUCGGACUCAGCACAGGAGUUGCAGAAGAAGAUGGGCUUGGCACUUGGAAGAGCCAUUGAGCAUGGUGAAGAACAGGCCAAACUGCGACUCUUUACUCUGGCGAAGCAACGAACGACGAAGCCUGAAGUUCCUAAAGUCAAAGCUCGCCCGCAAGUUCCCACCGUACUGCUGGAGAAGAUGGAGAAGACCAGCAAGAAGGAUGAUGGUGGCAAGAAGAAGGACGAAGGUGGAAAGCCUACCAGCUCAGCAGCUGGACCGUUUUGGGGACGUCGCGGAAAGACCCAGCCACCUGAGGAAACACCUGGAAAGGAAUGGGUCGAGCGUGUGUAUGAGGAAGAAUGGAAAGCAGGACGUACAAAGCAGAGUGACGAGGAAUACUUAUCCUGCAAGUACCACCCCCUCAGCCCGGAAUGGCAGGAGAAGGUACAGAAAACUCUAUGGAACCUGGCGCACCGGGGAUUCCGCGUCAACCAGGACGGUGAUCAGUCACCGUGCCAACCAUACCCGUGGCAAUUGCGCUCCCAUCGGGAGUGGACAGAGCUCAAUGAGGACCUGCAGAACCGGUUCGGGAUACGCCUUAUUUGGCGUGCCCAGGAAAAGCUCAGGAAGUUCUACCCGUUGCGUAACAUUGUCAUCGAGAAGAACAAGGACGAACGGGACGAGUACAGUAAGUACUUUCCGGCAAUUUCCUUCGUGGACUAUGGCGCGAUCUCGUCGCAGAUCAGGAACCAGAACAGGAAGUAUGCUGAUGAAAAGCGAAAGAAUCCGGACCUGCUUCCGGAGAUUGAACCACCUGCAGAGGAGCAGGAAGAAGGAUCAGUGCCGUAUGCUGCAUCGAAGAAAGCAGCUAAGCCUGGCAGCGAAGCGGUCAACUUGGAAGGCGAUGAGAAGAAGCCCGAAAGCAAGGAGAAGUCCAGUGGAAAAGGUCACUGGGAGGAUCGCCCGAGAAAGGAUGAGAAGCAAGAGAAGCAGCAGGACAAGGAUGAGCAGAAAGAAGCUCUCCGGAAGAAGCUUGAGGAGCACCAGAAGCAGAAGCUGCGCGAGACGUUUGAGAAGCGUCUUGGAAAAGGAUCGGGUACAGAAGCUUCCGCAGGAUCCGCAGAGAAGAAAGGAGAUCCUGGACCUGGACCGGAUGUGGCUGGAAGCGACUCCACCACUGAGGAAAGUGAGGAAUCGUCUCGCGAAGACGACCCUCCUGUUAAAGUCCAUUCAGUCAUUGUGGAGACCACAGACAUGUCGUAA